AAAACGCCAACUUUUGUUUUGUUGUUGCUGUAUGAUUUUUUUAUUAAUGUGACACAUUGUUUGUUGUUUGGAUUUCUUUCUUCAUUAUUGACAUUUACUGUUUUCGUUUUUUGCUGUUGACAACUACAGCGAAUAACAAAAUCUCAUAAAAAAUAUUCAACUAAUAGAAUAUUUCAUUUACGCGCUUAAAUCCCAUAACAGACAUGUCUUUUUUAACGCUUAAUCGUCUGCACAUUAUUAUAUUAGUUUAUAUAUUUAUAUUUGUACCGGAAACAUGGUCAAGAUCCUCGACACUGGAAAAACACUAUAUACGUGGUGGCUUACAUGCGCCUUGUUUCUUCUUUCACACCGUUAAUGUUACAGAUGAUCAGAGAUUUGAUAAUGGCUCCUAUUUACACGAUGGCAUUCUAAUACCUCAUAAAUAUAUAGCCGUAUAUAAUUAUAUCUAUACCGAUCCGGUUACGACAGUUAAAGUUACACCUCAUUUGCGUGGCUGUAUUUGUAAAGUGAAGCCGUGUAUUAAUUUCUGUUGUCCUUUUGGUAAACUGUACAGUUCAAAUGAUUCGUCUUGCAUUGAUGCCCAUGAUCAUUUUGAAUGGCCGACAACGUUGAAUAUGACACUAUCGGAUGGUUCCUUGAAGACUGUAAAUAUAUUUAAACAAUAUGCCAUAGUGAAUUUUCGACCUUGUAAUCCCAUGUAUGCUUUGGAGCCACAAAGAGAACCGGAUGAUGCCUGGCAGAUAUUUGCGAACGGUACAAUUUUCCGUCACUAUGAUGAAUCAUAUUUGGAUAAACUGCAGUAUUGCAUGGUGCCCACUAUGGGUAAUGAUACAAAUGCUACAUUCUACCUCAAUCCUGCCAAUUGUGAUUUGAGUCCCGGCUAUGGAACAAUGAAAAUAAUAAAUGCCUACGCUAUGCUCUUCUCCAUACCCUUUAUGAUAUUGACCAUUUUGGUGUAUUUAGCCAUACCGGAAUUGCGCAAUCAGCAUGGCAAAUCAUUGGUCUGUUAUUUAUUUGGUCUUAUAGUGGGCUAUUCGAUGUUGUGUCUGAAUGCCUGGUCGGCGUAUAUAGAUGUAAUAGGUUUGCCCUGUAAAAUUAUAGGUUACACGGCCUAUUAUUUCUUUAUGGCGGCCUUCUUUUGGCUAAGUGUUAUUAGUUUUGAUUUAUGGCAUAAUUUCCGAGGCACAAGAGGCAUUAAUCGUUUUCAGGAGAAGAAAAGAUUUGCCAUGUAUUCGGUAUAUUCUUGGGGUAUACCUAUUAUAUUUCUUAUAGGUACCUGGUUUAUGCAAGAACGUGUGGAUAUACCAUAUGCCUGGAAGCCUGGUAUUGGUGGGGGUGAAUAUUGCUGGAUCAAUAUGUUAACCUGGUCAGGUUUGGUAUACUUUUUUGCACCCAUUAUGGGCAUAAUUGUGGCCAAUAUUAUUAUGUUUAUCAUGACAGCCAUGAAAAUCCAUAAGGUGCAGCGAGAAAUGGCACGUAUUAUGGCUCGUGAGGAUAGUACGCGUAAUUUAAGAAAUGAAAAAGACAAAUUCGGUUUAUUUUUACGUUUAUUUUUGGUCAUGGGUGUUACUUGGUCUUUGGAGAUCGUCUCAUAUUUUGUGGGCGUUGACAAACCCUGGUCGAAAAUCUUUUAUGUGGCUGAUAUUUGUAAUGCCAUUCAAGGUUUCUUGAUUUUCAUGUUGUUUGUCAUGAAAAAGAAGGUUAAACAAUUGAUUACUAAUAGAACUUGUAGCUCUCGUAGUUAUCGUAAUACAAAUAGUACUACACUGGGCAAUACAGCGGUACGACGUCGUUUUCUUGAUGUCUCUUUACAAAUUAGACAAAUGAUUAUUAUACGUUCGGCUUUUUCGAAUAAUCAAAAUGCUCAUAGGCAUGAGGGUUAAAAAAUACGAGCGAUAUUUUUUCGAACUUCGAAUUUUGUAAAGUAAGAAAGAGUAUUUAGGAGAGAACAGAAAUUUUAAAUGUUGUAAUAAAAAGCGUUGUUUUUGUGAAAGUGUGUUGUAAUAAGAAUGGCAAACUAAUACUUAGACAUUUAAUUACAAAGUUCUUUCGACUAAAAAUUUCGGAAAAAACAAUUUGCAAAGUAAAAAGUCGGGAAACUAGUGGGUCAAAGUUGGAUAUGAAGGUCCCAUUGGAUAUUCGGCUUUAACUGGUUUGCAAGAUUUUUUUACGCGAUAUAUUGAACUUCUGGUUACUGUUUAUAUCCAUUAUGUAUCGCCUAUAAAGACUCGAAACGUUGCGGUACGAAUCGUAUGUCAUUUAACAAAUCAUGCAGCUUGCAAACGUUUUGAUUUGGGGUCUUGAAUAAUUGCCAAUGAUUCUUCGGUAUAGAAGUGUUUAUAAGAUGUUUAUAUUUACAGCAGUUCGAUCGGAGAGUCCCGAACUACCUAUUUAACUUACCUUUUAAGGUUACCUUUAUGUACCAAGCGUCCAGGUGACUAGCAAUUUUAACAUGUGUUGUUCUAUGAGGAAGUCAAUCAUCAAAACCAAUUGAUGAUUCCCCGCUUACAUAGGGGACUCUACAGUCACGAUUGUCUUCACUCUCGUUUACAAGGAGUACAUCCGUAACGAAAGACGAAAUAGAGCCAACCAAGUGGUUAGACGUAAAAACACUUUUUCCGAUGAAUUGACUCUUUGUCGAACUUCUGUGCUAUUUUAAGUUUCGGGACUUUUGAAAGUUGUAGCUGAUCCUAAUUAAAAAUAAAUCAAAAUAUCACAUGAGUUAGUUGUCCCGAUUUCCAUAAUGGUGAUUUUUGUAUAUGUACGCUUCUUUUGACAGUAAGUGUAGUGUACAGAUCCACAAAUCUAACUAUAUUCUUGACGGAUUAUUCUGGUUCGUUCCAUUCUUUAUUGGAUUGUUCCGAUCUCCGCAAUAUUGGUAUCCAAAUGAGUUUCGAUUCAAAACAUUUUAACUAUCAGUAAGCGUACUAAAUAAAAUCUAAAAUCUAACGAUCUGAUAAUGUGCAAAGAGAUCAGGAAACUUGUCUGGUCCCUCUAACAUGCCCUGUUCUUUAUUUGCCCGUCCUAACUAUAGCAGCAUACGAUUCUGGUUCAUCGAAAUCUUUCAGCUGUUUCCUUGUCUAAUAAUAAGCUAUCCCAAAUCGUGAAAAUUUAACCCAUUUAUAUUACCAAAGUACCAGAUCGAUAUAAUGGUUAUGCAAGAGUUGGAAUCAUAAGAACAGCUAGGCAGUUGAAGAAGUAUAAAAUAGAUACAUUAAAGACCCAAAAAGAUCGCAAUCCAGUGAGACAGCAAGAAGUCCAUUUUAGUAUUAAUUGGUGGAUCUUAAAAUUAACUUUGAAUUAGACUAAAGAUUUUUUUAAUAAGAUUCUGAUUUUUAAUUACUUAUAGUUGAUAGGAUAAAAUAUGGACUGCCCGAUUUAAAUCUUUGUUCUUUAUGUGAUCAGUAAAGCAUUUAUAAUCGUGCUUGAUAUUUCAAAAUAACUAACGCAAAAUUCAAUUUUGAAUAAUUUCUCUAUACGAAAAACUAACCAAUGAAUUAUUAAGCCUUAUAAUCCAUAAUAUAGUCCCAAACUUAAAUCAUCAAUUGAUAUUGCUUAAACAAUAAAAUUCGUACUAAUGUCGCGCAUUUAACUUAAUCAAAACUAAUAGUCUUCUCCACCUAAUGCUUAACAUAUACUGGCCUAAUACUGAUCUUUAUACUAAUACUUAUUCUC